GACGGACGAUUAUUUUACUGUUUUUGUGUUAAAUUUAUAUUAAAAAUGUCGACUUUAGCAGCGGCUUUAUCUGUUGCGGGGACUAGAACCUCAGGAGCAUCUGUACGAACUCAAAAUGUAAUAGCAGCAGCUGCUAUAGCCAACAUAGUGAAGAGCUCUUUAGGACCAGUGGGCCUGGACAAAAUGCUUGUGGAUGACAUCGGAGAUGUUACAGUCACUAAUGAUGGUGCCACCAUUCUCAAAAUGCUUGAAGUGGAGCACCCAGCUGCCAAAGUAUUGGUGGAGCUGGCACAUUUGCAGGAUGAGGAGGUUGGUGAUGGGACAACCUCUGUUGUGAUCAUUGCUGCAGAACUGCUCAAGAAUGCGGAUGAACUCGUAAAGAACAAGAUCCACCCGACAAGCAUCAUCUCAGGCUACCGUCUGGCAUGCAAGGAGGCCGUCAAGUACAUUCAAGACAAUUUGACUGUCACAGUGGAGUCACUUGGCCGAGCGUCACUGAUAAACUCUGCCAAGACCACAAUGUCUUCAAAACUUAUUGGAGCUGAUGCAGAUUUCUUUGCAGAAAUGGUAGUAGAAGCAGCACAGGCAAUCAAAACGACAGACCCUCGCGGCAACGCAGCUUACCCAAUCAAGGCCGUGAACAUUUUGAAGGCUCAUGGCCGUAGUGCAAGGGAGAGUGUGCUCAUAAAAGGAUACGCCCUUAACUGCACUGUGGCGUCUCAAGCCAUGCCUAAGAAAAUUGUGAAUGCUAAGAUUGCAUGCUUGGACUUUUCUUUGCAGAAAACUAAGAUGAAGAUGGGUGUUCAGGUGCUGGUAACCGACCCAGAGAAACUAGAAGCGAUUCGCGCUCGUGAAUUAGACAUCACAAAAGAACGUUUGCAAAAGAUCUUAGCAGCUGGUGUGAAUGUGAUAUUAUGCACUGGCGGUAUUGAUGACCUGUGCAUUAAGUAUUUCGUUGAGUCAGGAGCAAUGGGUGUCCGUAGGUGCAAGAAGGCUGAUCUGAAGAGGAUCGCCAAGGCCACUGGCGCUAGCUUCCUUACCUCGCUUACUAAUAUGGAAGGCGAAGAAGUAUUUGAACCAAGCAUGAUCGGUGAAGCCGCGGAAGUAGUCCAGGAACAAAUCUGCGAUGACCAGCUCAUCUUGAUCAAAGGGCCCAGCGCGCGCACGGCGGCGUCGAUGAUCCUGCGCGGGCCCACGGACGCGUACGUGGACGAGAUGGAGCGGUCGGCGCACGACGCGCUGUGCUGCGUGCGCCGCGUGCUGGAGUCCGGCCGCGUCACGCCCGGCGGCGGCGCCGUCGAGGCCGCGCUCUCCAUCUACCUCGAGAACUUCGCCACCACGCUGAGCUCCCGCGAGCAGCUGGCGAUCGCUGCGUUCGCGCAGUCGCUGCUGGUGAUUCCCAAAACAUUGGCGGUGAACGCGGCGCGCGAUGCCACCGACCUCGUCGCCAAACUGCGCGCAUACCAUAAUUCCUCACAGACCAAGGUAGAACAUGCGAACCUCAAAUGGGUAGGUCUGGACCUGAUAGAAGGCACGUUGCGCGACAACCUAGCUGCCGGCGUUCUCGAGCCAGCAAUCUCCAAGAUCAAGUCUCUAAAGUUCGCCACUGAAGCCGCGAUCACCAUCCUGCGUAUCGACGACAUGAUCAAGUUGGACCCAGAGCCGAAGGGCAAGAGCUACGAAGAUGCCUGCCAUGCAGGAGAACUCUAAUGCGUGUAUCAAAGAUCUCAGUAUUGCACUAGUUUGAAUUUUGAUGCAGAAUAUUUCAAUUGUUAAAUUAAACUGAGGUUGGAGACUCAUAAACUCAUUCUUAUUCUAUAACUUUUUUACAAUUAAUAGUUUUAUAUAACUUCAAAAGUUAUAGAAGUAUUUGUGAGAUGACCAAAAGUUCUGAUUGUUGCAUGUAUUCAUUUUUGUGCACUUUUCCUUGGGAGUAUAAUGUUGCAUUAUUUCACAUCGUGUCCAUAAUUCCCUCAAAUAUUCACGUAGUGACAAUGUCCUGGGAUCGCAUUAUCAAAAUAACUGUGAACGAGUGCUUGAGUGAGGUGCCUGAAUGUUACUGCUGCAUUUUGUUAGAAAUAUUUAUCUUUAAGUUUGAUAUACUUACCCUACC